UCGAACUCAAGCCUUGGCCCUCUUGGAGGUUGUCCUUAUUGGGUGAUCUGGAGUUGAGCAAAUUAUUUAUGGUCCUUCACAUUCCUUCGGCAGUUUCAAGCAAUAUUCCUGAAUGUUUGAUCGCAUCACCAAGGUCGCAGUCAGUGCCACUACUGCCAUUGCUUGAGGAAGCUCUUGUAAUCCAUUGGAAAAUUUCAUGGCCAGUUCAUUUUUCAGUCAGUGCCACUACUGUCAAUGCAACUUGUCUUUCGGUGCUAACUACUUUGAGAAGCUUGGAAUUCCAAGACACUUAAUUAGAUUAAUAUCUUGGGGCAUCCAACGACUGCAAGAAUUGUUGAACUACACUACAUUAUCUGAGGAAUUCCUUGUCAGUUUUGUUGUGCCCAUCUACUGGCCUGAUACCGCUCUUAUGCUAUAUGGGUUUGAGCUGCGGCAAUGGAAGAUUGCUUACUCUUUUAGUGAUGCAUUAUCAGAUUCAGCACGCGUUCAGUGGAAAAUGGCUUGGUCACUCUGCUAUGCAUGUUCUGUUAUUGGCAAUGGCAACAUCUCGAGGCGAAGCAUAUAUGAUUAUGGAACAAAAUUGAGAAAAGGCAAAGAUUGUUUGCUGCUCAUUAAUGAUCUAUCCCUGUCGGCUGGGAUAUUGUUUGCACUGGAGUAUGCUGAAUUUCAAGCAGCCUUGAUAGCUAAUUGUGUUGUUAUCAGAUCGCUCGGUGUUGCCACAACCAAUGGGUUCUUACAUGUUCCUGCAGCUGAUUGUGAUGCCCUGUUCAAUUCCGAGGAGAAGCUGUAUCAGUGCAUCAUCCAAAUGCUACAGCUGCAAUGGGACCCAGGUGAUUGCUUUGUUUCAGUUUGGCGACAUGAAAAUCUUGCAAGCACACAUGAUGUCUGCCCCGGGCUUGGUAUUACCACUCUUCAAGUGACAUGGGAUCCCGGAGGUUCGGCACAAUAUCAGUUUGUGGACCAGGCUGAAGACUGGGUUCUAGAUGUUUUGCGAGUUCCAUGGGAUCCCGACGGCACUUUACAACAUCGACUUGAGGGCAAGUCGAAUCUUAUGGGGGAGGGAUUGUUAGCGACCUGGGCCUCGCUGGGCCUCAGGCACUACCCAGCCCACGAAGGAGAUGCACUACAUAUACAGGGGAAGGCCUCCACGAGCAACUUGGCUUGGACCGGAACGGAUCGGCGGCUUCGGCCGAGACUCUCUCUCUCGCUAGGAUAGCUCCUGUUCAUCGUCUCCCCCUAAUCCCCUUCUUCUUGAUAAUCCUCUGUAAUUCAUGCUUGUAAUUGAUGAAUCAGUGAUGAAUCGAGAGGGACAGUAGUUUGAUCCUCA